AAUGGAUCAAAAGGAAGACAAUGAAAAAGAAUACAAUUUCUCAGAAAUAUGCCUCAAGUCUAUAUUCUGCUAAGAUAACAAUUGUUAAUUAGAUCAUUAAAGAUUAUUUGUGGGAGUUUGUAUAGAAUAUUUAAGAAAUGAAUAAGAAUAAGGAGAUGAAUUUAAAUAAUUGAAAUGCAAAAACAACGAUUGUAGUUUUUGGCAUUUUAAUAAUGAGAAAUUUAACGAUUAAUUAGCUAAAUCAACCAUAAAUGGUGUAUUUCCUCAUAAUCUUUGUCCUAAAAGUUGUAAAUCUGGAGAUUGUAAGUUUUUACAUAGAGAAUGGGCUGAAAAAUUAUGUUUUGAUUAUAUUCUCAAAAUUUGUAGAAAAGCAAAAUGCGAAUAUAGUCAUAUGCGUUGGGAUUCAGUAGCAUUAAGAGAUAAAGCCAAAUAGUCUUCAAUAAUAAAGUAUAAUACUCCAGAAGAAUUUUGUCAGAAAGAAAAGUGUAAUUGUGACAAACAUCCUGCUUGGUUGAAUUAGUAUUGUGUAGCAUAUUUGAAGGGUAAAUGCUCAAAUAAAAAGUGUUUAAAAAGUCAUACUGAUUGGGAAAAGAUUAACAAUUAAAUCAAUUAAAAGAAUGCUGUAAAGUCCUGUAUUGUUAUAGCUUAAGAUAGAAAAAAAUUAAAUCAAGUUUUACCUAAUAUAGAUGGAGUAUAAUUGUUAUGCUAAAGUGCAGAGUUUAAUCAUUAUAAAAAAUGGUUAAAAGAAUAAAAUAUUAUUGAUGUUGUAUUUAUAAUGGAUUUGACUGGAUCUAUGAGAUCAUGGAAAGACAUGGUGCAAAAUACUAUUACUAAAAUAAUAGAUUAAUUUUUAAAUUCAAUAAAUGGAUUUCAAGUUAGAGUAGCUUUUGUAGGAUAUAGAGAUAUAUGUGAUAAGGAUAACAAGAUAGUUUAUUGGAAUUUUACAAAGAAAAUAGAUGAAAUUAGGAAUUUCAUAUCAAAAUUAGAGGUAAAAGGAGGAGGAGAUGAAGCAGAGGAUGUAGUUUCUGGAUUUGAAUAGGCUUUAAAACUUAAUUUUUCACAUCAUGAAGAAAGCAUACUUUGUACAUUUUUACUUGCAGAUGCUCCUUGUCAUGGAAGAGAUUAUCAUAAUCUUAAAUCUGAUGAUUUAAUUGAUAAAAUGCCAAAAAAUUAUUUUGAAGCUGUUUUGGAGGAAUAUAAAUAAAAAAAAAAGAAUAAUUUUUUAUGUUGUAUUAAAAUCAACGAUAAAACAGAUAUUAUGUUUGAAAAAAUGAAGGCAGUUCUUCCUAUGUUAACUAUUACAACAUAAAAAAAACCAGAAGAUAUACUUGAUGUAGUUGGAUUUACAUUGAGAAUGUCUGUAACAGAAACUAAAAAAUUAAAAUCUUUAAUUAAUAAUAAAUAUUAAUAUUUUAAAGCAGAAUUUAUCAAACCGAAAUUAGAUACAAUCUCUAUUGAUUAUGAAGAUGAUGAUUAUUGGAAAACAUAUAACCAAAUGAUUGAUGAAAAAAAAAGAUCAAAUAUCACAGGUUUGAAAAUAACAUUAGAUAAAAAUGAAAUAAAUAAAGAAAAUGAUAAUUCGUCUACUUAUAUAUAUAAGGCUUUUGAUGCUAUUAAUAAUAGGGAAGUUAUUAUUAAAAUUCCAAAAAGACUUGUUGACAACUAAGGAAAUAUCUCUAAUUAAGAAAUCAAAGAGGCUGAAGAACUUGCAACAAUAAGAUUUUACUCAUCUUGUUAUGCUUGUCAAAUGGCAUAUUUCUUUAAUUAAAGAUUAAAAAAUAAUAAUCUAUUAAAUGAAAUGUAACCUCUCUUUUAUGCUCAUCCAAUUUUAUACAAAUUAUUAGAUACACCAUUUUUUGGAUUAAAUUUAGUCUAUGGUGAAACUUAUAUAUAAGUUGUACAUAAAUUUUAAAAGUACACUACUAACCAUUCAUAUAUUGAAGCAAAUAAAUAUUUUUAUUCAGCUUUUAGUCAUUUCUCAUAUUAAGCCAGUGAAGGAAAUUUAGUCAUUAUGGAUUUAUAGGGAUUUAAUAAUAUUCUCACUGAUCCAUCAAUUUAAACAAAUUAGUAUACGGGAUCAAUUUUAGAAAAAGAUAAAACUAAUAGAUAAAAUAAAGGAAUUGAAGAUUUUAUAUAAAUUUAACAUAAAGAAUGCAGUUAUUUAUGUAAAAAAUUACAACUCAAUCAAAUUAAUUAAAAUCCUUAAAUUAAUCAAAUUGUUUGUCCUAUAGAGUUAAUUAACAAUUUAAAAGGAAUAUGUUAUGAUUGUGAUGAAUUUGUUGACUUUGAUAGGGAAUAGUUAAACAAUCAGAAUGAAAAGAAUUUUUAAUUUAGUUGUAAAUACUGUUUAUCUGAGGCUUAAAAUUUAAUAACUUAAGAAUGUCAUUGUUGUUACUUUGUAUACUAAACUCCUAUAAAUAAGGAAAUUAAAAAAUAGACAAAUUUAUGUGAAUGUUAGGAGUGUAAGACUACAUGUUAAGGUUUAGAAAAGAAGCGUUGCUACUAUUGUUUGAGAACUUGCCAAAAAGUUAUGAAAGAGAUCAAUAUUAAAAAUAAACCUUACUAUUUUUGUGAAAAUGCUUUGGAAUAUCUCAAAGCAUUUAAAUGUAAAAAAUGCGGUAAACUAUACAACAGGAGUUCUCUUAUUACUAUAGAAGAUUAUAACGAGAAAUCAUUCUCUUGUUGUUGA